GGCACUUCAUCCAAACCCUAGGGUUGAAAGGUUCUUUCUCUUCACAAGAUGGUUUCGCUGAAACUGCAGAAGCGCCUCGCCGCAAGCGUUCUCAAGUGCGGCAGAGGAAAGGUUUGGCUUGACCCCAAUGAAGUCAACGAAAUCUCCAUGGCCAAUUCUCGCCAAAACAUAAGAAAGUUGGUUAAGGAUGGGUUUAUUAUCAGGAAACCCACCAAGAUUCACUCUCGCUCACGCGCCCGUCGGAUGAAGGAGGCCAAGAGAAAAGGACGUCACUCUGGAUAUGGUAAGCGUAAGGGUACAAGGGAGGCAAGGCUUCCCACUAAAAUCCUUUGGAUGAGGAGAAUGCGUGUGCUCAGACGCUUGCUUCGCAAGUACAGGGAAUCCAAGAAGAUUGACAAGCACAUGUACCAUGACAUGUAUAUGAAAGUCAAGGGUAAUGUGUUCAAGAACAAGAGGGUGUUGAUGGAGAGCAUCCAUAAAUCCAAAGCUGAGAAGGCAAGAGAGAAGACCUUGUCUGAUCAGUUUGAGGCCAAACGUGCCAAGAACAAAGCCAGCAGGGAAAGGAAAAUUGCCCGGAGGGAGGAGCGAUUGGCCCAAGGUCCAGGAGAAAAGGCUGCGCCCAGUGCUCCUGCCGCUACAGCAUCACAGCCUGCCCAAGCACAAAAGAAAUCCAAGAAGUGAGUCACAUAUUCUGAUAUUGGCUCGCAGAAUUUUUGGGGCUGCCGUUCUCAGUUAUUGUUCUAAAGUAGUUUUGACAAGUAUUGAUGAAUUUCUGUGUUGGUUUAGACCUUCUUUAGUUUUUAUUUAAGUA